AUGGUAUCAUUUGGACGCAUUGCUGUACUAAUUGAUUUGUCUGGAACACUACAUGUUGAGGAUAUUUGUAUCACUGGAGUUCUAACUUCUUUACAACUAUUAAGGCGCAAUCCUCGUUAUGCUAUCAAAUUCGUCACUAACACAACAAAGGAAUCAGCGGAUCGACUUUACGAACGCCUUACAAAGCUUGGACUGGAAAUUAAACGAUCGGAAAUAUUUACUUCACUUUUGGCCGCUAAACACCUCAUCAAAAAAGACAAUCUACGGCCAAUGUUACUUCUAGAAAAUGCUGCACUUGAAGAUUUCACAGAUGUCGACAUUACGAAACCGAAUGCAGUAGUUGUUGGACUUGCUCCCUCAAAAUUUACUUUCUCGUCUUUAAAUGAAGCAUUUCGGUUACUGCUAGAGGGUGCGAAACUGAUUGCCAUUCAUAAAGGACGAUAUUAUAAACAAAAAGAUGGUUUAUCACUGGGACCAGGUCCUUUCGUAGAAGCACUUGAAUAUGCUUCUGAUGUUAAGUCACAGGUGGUCGGUAAACCAGAACGUGCGUUCUUUUUAACUGCUUUAGCUAGUAUCGACGAAUCUUUGGCACCACAACAAGCUGUAAUGAUUGGUGACGAUGUUCGAGAUGAUAUUCUUGGAGCUAUUAAUGCUGGGAUGCGUGCGAUUCUUGUGAAAACGGGCAAAUAUUGUAAAGAUGAUGAAUUGGAAAUACCUGAAGCUUCGAGGAACUGUGUGGAGAGUUUUGUAGAAGCGGUUGAUUUGAUCGAGAAAAAUCUUGUGAAGUGAUACUUUCGAACUGCAUUGGGCGCACCAGUGGAUAAAGAGAAAUUUACUUUGUUAUCAGAGAAAUGGCACUGUGAUCUCAAUGUCGACAAGUCGCGGUAUUGAUUCAUUUGUUUACACUCAAAACGAAAUGUAUAUAUCUGUAUUUAAAAAGAUAUUUGAGAAAUACACUUAGCACGCUUUUUAUAUGCUAAAUUUUUAUUUUGUAUUACCGGUUUAGUAUUUUCAUGUGUGAAAGAGACGUUUAGCAGUUACGCAUAAGUUGGCAAUAUGUUGAUUAUACUGUUAUUAAUGCUACUUUUUUCUCUUUUCUUGAGUUUCUAACUUGCUUUUCUUAGGAUAUCUGGAAUUUUCUAGUGGAGUAGUAGAGUAGUUUGCUGUGAAGUCUUACAAAGCGUGAGUUCGGGGAUAUCCUUAUAUGAACAUAGAACUUGGUUUUCUCCUGAGA